AUCGGACGGUUCACAAUGGCUCCUGAACUCCCAGCCAGAUGGUCCGUCGGCUCUUGAUGCUUUCGUCGCCUCCAAUUGCGCGUCGGCUUUUUCCGCCUUGCGAAACGACCAGCGCGCCUGUCGCACAGGCUUUUCCCCUCGUCGUCAUCGCACGUGUCCUUCUGAACGACAUUUAUUCGGAUCGCACGUUCGCACACGAGCAGUACAGGCGUUUCCUCUCGCCAUCUCGCCAUCGCAGAGAGUCGUAAGGUGUCGCAGAGCUCCAUCUCUUUCGUUUUUCUAGUCGCUUUCCCAAUCAGUCGUGGCGAUUUUGUCGCUCACCGUCCCAUUUCCCCCCCUCUUCCGUGUCGAGUCGAUACCCGUACACCCUCGGCAACUGUAGCGUAGCGAUUCCCAGCCGUCGCCUCCUGUUUGCCGUCUGCCGUCUGCCGUCUGCCGUCUGCCGUCUGUCGUCUCCUGUUCGCCGUCAUUCGACUGUUAUUUUCCUUUUGCAUUAUACCCGCGGGCAAACCGUUCUGCCGGCAUCUGGGAAUGGCGAGCGACUCAGGGGAUUCAGAUCGGUGGAGAGAGGUGGAGGCCGUCCUACAGGAGUUUCAGCAGCACGGGCAGGAAUUCGGGAAGCAACAAUUUGGGCAGCAAUAUGCGCAGCAACAGCAGCAACCGCCGCAGCAGCAGCAUCAGCAGCAGCAGCAGCAUCAGCAGCAGCAGCAGCAGCAGCAUCAGCAGCCGCAGCAAACGAGGGAGGUUGCGACGGAAGGGCGCGGGGGACGGGGGAUGGAUGCGGGGGAGGAAGUAGCGAUGGGAGCAGCAGCAGGGGCAGCAGCAGCAGCAGCAGCAGCAGCAGGAGUGGCAAGGGCAGGAGAGACGAGGGUGGGAGAGACGAAGGAGCCUAAGAGCGGAGGGAGUGACUAUGGGGAGCUGCUGACUGUGGCACGGCAGCAGCAGCAGCAGCAGCAGCAGGGGCUGCAGGAAGGGCCGGAGGAGGGGUUGGGCGCGGGGGAGGGUCUGUGGGGGCCUGGAAUGGAGAGCUCAGCUGCCUCUGUUGGUGCCUCCCCUUUCUUUCCUUCCGGCUCCCUUCAAUUCCUCCAAGACCCCCUCUGGGCCUUCACAAAGCGAUCUGCUGCUGCUCCACCCUCUCCCUCAACUCCCUCAGAGCUCUCCCCAGAGCAGCUCCUCCAGUUUGACUCAGAGGCGUUGGAGAAGCACCUGCAGGGCCUGCCAUUGCCCUCGCUGCUGCUGCUCUCGCCACACGACCAAGCCACCUUCUUCCCCCAUGAGCAGGCACAGACCGAACCAAGGCAGGCAAUCCCUUCCUCGCCUUCCCUUGGCUGCCACCACUGGUGGCUGGACCCCGGGUGCUAUGCCACGGACGAGAAGGACUGGUUUGUGUCAGAGUCAAUCAAUGAGAGGGAGUGGAGAGCGGUGGGGGAAGAGGAGGAAGAGAGUACAGAUAGAGGGCAUGACUUGGAGAAGGAGAUCGAGUCUCAGCUGGGGCAGCAGCAGCAGCAGCGGCGGCCAUUCGGUGAGGCAGCGUCAAUCAAUAGUGCGUCUGUUUCCGAAGCAGCGCUGGAGUCGCAGGCUGGCGCUCCAAGCUCGAGCUCUAUGCAGCCUGCGACAGCCAUUCAAACCGCAGUGAGCAUACAGCAAGGAGCUGUGAAGCAGCAGUCAGGGCAGUCGGGGCAGCCAGGGCAGUCCGGGCAGUCGGGGCAGUCCGGGCAGCAAGCAGGAUGUACGAAUGGGCAUGGGUUUGCAGGCGAAGAUGAUUUGGAUGAGCUGCUUGGGGGGGAGGCAGGGAGCGGCAGUGGUGCAACUAACGGCGGGAUCAAGGCAGCAGUGAGGCAGCAGACGGGGCAUCAAGCAGGAGAGGAGCACAGGCAUGGGUUUGCAGGAGAAGAUGAUUUGGACGAGCUGCUUGGGGGGGAGACAGGGAGCGUGCAGGCUGGCAGCAUUAGCGGCGCAAGCAAGGGAGAGGUGAAGGCAGCGGUGAGGCAGCAGACGAGGCAGCAAGGAGGAGAUGAGGAUGGGCAUGGGUUUGCAGGGGACGAUGAUUUGGAUUGCCUGCUUGGCGCUCAGACAGGGAGCAGCAACGGUGCAACCAAGGGAGUCAAGCCAGCUGUUGGUUCUGGUGUGUCAAUUGUUGCACCGAUGAAGCCGGAACUGAAGCCCACAGCAGGAAAGACACCGGCGCUGGAUGACUUCGAUGAAUGGUUCGAUUCUGUCACGUGAAUGUUUUCCUGUCGUCGUUCUUGUUGAUGGGAUGGUACGCAAAUUUCGUUCUGGGUGUCUGUGAUGCGCGCUUGUUCUUCAAAUGACAUGUGUACCUACCAAACGGGAUACUUACGUAUUUUGGAAACAAGAGUUGUACCAUGCUG